UGUUUCCUUGUCUCAGGCAGCAGUGAAUUAGAAGCUGAAUGUCAGCAGGUGAAAAAAGAACAAAAAAGGAUAUAUUUGACGGAAGAUCAGGGAAGUCUCGUUGUUAACAUGCUCUCGGAUGAGCGCAAAUUAGCGCCAGUUCAAGCGAUUUCCCGGUGUUAGGGAUUGAUUCAAGCUCGCCCUCGUUUCCUUGCGCGUUCACAGAGGUUUUACCGGCGAAACCACACCAAGCAGCAUCUUCCUGCUGCAGUGUGCUCUUAGGCUCAACUUUCCCAUUGUCUUCAUCUUUCUGAAGAGCAGUCCCGGGAAAGCAAUUCUUCCUUUCAGGUACAAAUGUCAGCUAUGAGGAGGAAACUACAGGCUUUUGAAUAUUUAUGUAUUUGCCUUUGGCUGGGGAUGUUUUGGCAAGCAAGAUCAGGAGAGGCCAACUCCCUGGAAGAUGAAGCCAAAAAUAACAUCACCAUCUUUACAAGAAUUCUUGACAGGCUUCUGGAUGGCUAUGAUAAUCGACUUAGACCUGGAUUAGGAGACCGAGUAACAGAAGUGAAGACUGACAUCUAUGUUACCAGUUUCGGACCUGUUUCUGAUACAGAUAUGGAAUACACAAUAGAUGUUUUCUUCCGACAAAGCUGGAAAGACGAGCGGUUAAAAUUUAAUGGACCAAUGAACAUCCUCCGGUUAAACAACCUGAUGGCCAGUAAGAUCUGGACUCCUGACACAUUCUUUCAUAAUGGGAAAAAAUCUGUGGCCCACAACAUGACCAUGCCAAAUAAACUGCUAAGAAUCCAAGACGAUGGAACGUUGUUGUACACAAUGAGACUGACUGUUCAGGCCGAAUGCCCGAUGCAUCUUGAAGAUUUUCCAAUGGAUGCCCAUGCUUGCCCAUUGAAGUUUGGCAGCUAUGCCUACACUACAUCAGAAGUGACAUAUAUUUGGACACGCAAUGCCACUGAAUCAGUAGUGGUUGCAGAAGAUGGUUCCAGAUUGAAUCAGUACGAUUUGCUCGGGCAAACUGUUGGACAAGAAACUAUUAAAUCCAGCACAGGUGAAUAUACAGUCAUGACAGCACAUUUUCACUUGAAAAGGAAGAUUGGCUACUUUGUGAUUCAGACUUACUUGCCAUGCAUCAUGACAGUCAUCCUGUCCCAAGUGUCUUUUUGGCUGAACAGAGAAUCUGUCCCUGCCAGGACUGUGUUUGGAGUAACAACUGUGCUGACGAUGACAACUCUGAGUAUCAGCGCUCGCAAUUCCCUGCCUAAAGUGGCUUACGCCACAGCCAUGGACUGGUUCAUAGCUGUAUGUUAUGCCUUUGUCUUCUCUGCGUUGAUAGAAUUUGCCACAGUGAAUUACUUUACAAAGCGUGGAUGGGCCUGGGAUGGUAAAAGUGUAGUGAAUGAUAAGAAAAAAGAAAAAGCCUCUGUCAUUAAGAAAAACAAUGCAUAUGCAGUAGCUGUUGCUAACUAUGCACCAAAUAUCACCAAGGACUCUGUACUGCCCACCAUUUCAAAAAGUGCCACAGUAGAUCCGAACAAGGCAAAGCCAGAAGCAAAACCACAAGAAGCCAAGAAGACGUUCAACAGUGUAAGCAAAAUCGACAGGAUGUCCAGAAUACUGUUUCCAGUUUUAUUUGGGUCCUUUAACUUGGUAUAUUGGGCCACAUAUUUAAACAGAGAACCAGCCAUAAAAGACCUUGUACCAUCAAAGUAGAUGGACAGAUCCUAUUGAAUAACAUUCUAAGUAUCGGACUGAGGACUUGCCAAAUACAACAAAUAACUGCUAAUCUAUGUGCUAACAUAAGAUAGCCAGGCACUAACCCUAAAAGUACCGUGUUUACUUAUAACCAGCAGUGCAUUUUUUUAAUAGAAUUGCCACUAGGGGUUUACAUUUUUAUUCUGUAAUUUACUUUCCACAAUAUGUACAAUCUCUAAUUUUGGUAAUAUUUCUUGAAAUAUACUUUAGUCAUGCUUAUAGUCCCCACAGAAUAUAAUUAAUUUCUGUUCUUGUCAGAUAAAAGAAGGGCAUUGUUGGUUAUACAGAUCACAUUUAGUUGUACAGUAUGCUUUGUCAUUUAGAUUUUGUACGUAUAAGCUCUUGCAGACAGCCAUUAUAUAAUCUAGUCUUGUCUUCAGUUAGUGGAGUUUUAGAGGACCAAAACACCUACAAGUGCUUACAUUUAAAAUACAAUUCAGUACAAAAUAUUUUAUAUUUAAUUUUCAGUAAUAUAAAGGGACUUUUUAAAAACUCUUCCAGGUUUUACCACUAGAAAAGUAAACAUUCUAUUUUAUUCAGCUUGACUAAGUUUGCCUUUUUUAAUAAUUUGCUCACAUACUGGUACAAAUGACGAAUUGUUAAUAAGAUUGGUUGAUACAGUACCCCUUUUGUAUAUGCUCAGAUGUUAUGUCUCCUAUAAAAACAAGGAAUGUCCAAAUUAUGGAUUAGAGAAAAAACAUUUUCUAGCUGUUAUGAAUUACAGGUUGGGCCAUAUAAAGGGAUCUGCAAAUCACCAAGAUACUACUCUAAUCCUAACCCCAUGUAAAAGCAUAUUCUUUCAUUGAAAGGCUUUCAAUUCACUGUGGAGUGAAUUGGGGGUUUAAUGUAAAUUUUCUCAUCUUAAGCAAACACAACAAAUCCAAUACAGUAGUUUGGGAGAACAUUGGGAGAAAAGUGACCUUUGAUGAUAACGUCAAGUGUACAGCUUGCCCUGGGUGUACAGUACAGGGACAGUUCAAUUGUGGUAGAUGUAGUAUUAUUAAAAAUGUAUAUAUGUGAUCAACAUUUCAACUAAGCAUCUUCUAGUUGAAACAUUUGUGGAUAUGUUUUUUAGCGUACACGGACUGUUGAAAAGUGGCUCUGCUCUGUUGUAAUGCUAAGUAAGCUGGUACUUUGAUCUGGUAUCUUUUGAGCAUUCUGAAGUAACACUUAAAAUCAGCAUAACAAUAAAUACAUUAAUACAUAAUAUUUCGAGUUGCUCUCUGCAUCAUUUUCAACAUUGUUACAUACAUUUAUAUAAUCCCCCCUUCCCACAUCCCUAACCCUAACACUAACCUUAACUCUAACUUAACCCAAACCCUAUCU